AUGGAGGCAGAACAGGUUGCCCACUUACUUGAAUUGGAGGACAAACUCUCUAAGAUCAGACUGCAAAUAACUUCCAAAUUGGAAAAUCAAAAACAUAUAGCCAUCAUCCUUACCGCUGUGGAAGAAAACAUACAGGAUCAAGCCACCAAUGACACAUCCAAGAAUAUCGUCAAUUACAUGAUUUCAUUCAUGUCACUUUUGGAUCAGGCCAUGAACCCUCAAACUCAUGCUAUUCAAGAUUUGCAACUAGCAACAUCGGCUACCUAUUUACUAGAUAUAAUAUUCCAUUAUUCUCCCAAGAAAUUAUUAAGUUCCAAAUUCACUGAAAUAUUAACCAAAGUGGCCCCCUGUAUUACCGAUGAGAAGGCAGGCGCCCCACUAAUCAGAUCCGCCAUUGGUUGUCUAGAAUCAUUAUUAAUUGCUCAAGAUGCGCAAGCUUGGAAUAAUACUCAUAACUUGACGGUCACACCAAAGAGAGGGUUACAAGGUCUAUUGGAAUUAUCCCUAGACCCAAGACCAAAAGUGAGAAAGAGAGCACAGGAUGCUGUUGCUAAUAUCCUAAAGAAUCCACCUGUGGCUCCCACUGCGGAACAUGUCGCAGCAUCAUUCAUUGCAGAAUUCGCCAUCAAUUCUUUAAAUGACAACAUUAACGAAUUGUCUUCCCUUUCCAAUAAACAAUUGAAAUCUCCAGGUGUCUCUGAGGAAAUCAAUAGUAAAAUUACUCGUUCUUUAAGAUUGAUAGCUGCCAUCAUCUCAUCAGGUCAAUGGCCUGCCACAGAAAUUGAAAAUAUUUGUGAUAUGUUAUUAAAAAUUACCAAGAGUCCCGAUCAAUUCCUAGUCUCUGCAUCAUUCCAAUGUUUUGAACAGUUAUUCCAAUCAAUGGCAGAAACUACCAUAUCGUCAGGACUAGCAGAGAAUAAAUAUUUAAAAAUGUUAGAUACCAUCUUUUCAUUAAAGCCAGCCAAUACUGACACCCAUUUGACCGGUGCUUGGAUUGCCGUCGUCGUGAAGGGGUUAUCCACAUAUGCUAACGCUCAACCUUUGAAAUGUUUAUUGAAGCUACCACAAGUAUUCCAUAUUAUGGCUACCUACUUACAAAGUGAACAUCAAGAAGUUUACACUGCCGCAGCCAAAUGUCUUUCUGCAAUCCUAACAGAUUCGAUAAAGGAUGAGUUAUUAUUGCAACCUAACGAUGUCAUGGAUGAAAAGACUUUCAAAACUGUUGGUGACGUUAUUGAAGAAAUAUCAAACAUUAUUACAGAUUUCUUAUCAAUAAAAUAUAUUCAUUGUGCCAAGGAUGUAUUAACCAUCCUUGCUUCCGCAUUCAAAAAAGUCAGAUAUAGAUCUAACCCAGCAUUAUUGAAACCUUUACAAAUCGUCGAUCAAUGGAGAAAUAAUGAAGAUACCUUUUUGGAAUUCAGAAAUGAAGUGGAAAAUGUCAUUGGUGAAUCCAUCUCAGCAUUGGGUCCUGAACUUGUGUUACAAAUUUUACCUUUGAAUCUAAUCAAUCCAUCAGAUGAUCAACCAGGUAGAGCUUGGUUAUUACCGUUAUUAAGAGAUUAUACAAAGAAUGCUAAGUUGGCUACUUUCUCUAAGGAAUUAGCACCACUAAUUCAAAAUUUUGAAUCACGUUUUGCCUCAUUGCCAAAGGAAUCCGUCCAAUUAAGAAUCUUUCAAACGGUGGUGGAUCAACUCUGGUCUACUUUACCACAUUUCUGUGAAUUACCAAUAGAUUUACCACAAUCAUUUAAUGAUGAAUUUGCUGCUGAAUUAUCCUCACUCUUAUAUAGUAGAGUAGAUUUAAGAACAACAUUAUGUCAUGCAUUAAGAGUUCUUGUUGAAUCAAAUUCAGCCUACGCAAAUGGUGCCCUAUCCGACGAUAUAUUGUUGCAACAACGUUUCCCUGCAUCUGAAGCAACCAAAAACAUUGAAUAUCUACAAACCAAAUCUGUUAAUUUACUUUCUGUUCUUUUCAACGUCUAUACCCAAACUACUCCCACAUCGAGAGGUUAUAUUUUAGAAACCAUUGAGGCCUAUUUAAAGAUUACUAAAUCUACAGAUUUGGAAACCACUUUCAACAAUAUUUGUGGUCUGUUAAAGAACGCCAUGGAAUCUGAAUCCCAGACAAAAGAAGAAUCUGCUAAUGCAUCAAGUAAACCACAGUUGACCGCUACUUUAUUAGAUUUGGUUGUUUGUAUGACCAAAUAUUUACCACCUUCUAGUUAUGCUGCCUUAUUUAACAUUUUUGGCACUACCGUCUCAUCCAACGAUGCUUUGAUUCAAAAGAGAGCUUACAGAAUUAUUACACGUUUAUCUGAGCUGGAAAGUGGAUACGCUGCCGUGCUUACCUACGUUUCUGACAUUGAAAAGAUAAUUUUAGAUAACGCUGAUAAUGUGCAAACUUCAGCAAAGUCAACUAGACUUUCAGCUAUUAAGACCCUUGUUAACAUGUUACCAUCGGAUCAUCUUGGUUUUAUCGUUAGAAUUGUAGCUGAAAUUAUCUUGGGUACUAAAGAUGUUAAUGAGAAGACUAGAGAAUUAGCCUUUGAAGCUUUGAUUGUUAUGGGGAAGAAAAUGAAUGAACCAAAUGGUAUCGUCAAGUUGAGUCAAAUUCCAGGAUACGAUCCUGCAACACCAGACCAACCAUCAACAAUCUCGGAAUUUUUUAAGAUAAUUUCUGCUGGUUUAAUUGGUGAAUCACAACAUAUGGUUAGUAGUACCAUCACCGCAUAUGCUUAUUUGAUUUUUGAAUUUAAAGAUCAAUUAGACAAUAGUGUUCUCUUGGAUAUUUAUGACACUGUGGAAUUAUAUUUGACAUCUAAUUCUCGUGAAAUUGUCAAGAGUGCCAUUGGAUUUGCUAAAGUGUGUAUUUUGGGUCUACCCGAAGAAUUAAUGAGAUCUAAGGUCCCAGAAUUGUUACCUAAAUUACUACGUUGGUCUCACGAACAUACAGGCCAUUUUAAAGCCAAAGUGAAGCAUUUAAUUGAAAGAUUGAUUAGAAGAUUUGGUUAUGAGUUCAUUGAACAACAUUUCCCUGAAGAAGACAAGAGGCUUUUGACUAACAUCAGGAAAGCACGUAAUAAAAGUAAACGUAAGGGUGAAGAAAAUGCUGGAUCAGCUGCCCAACCAGGGUCUUCUAAGGCAUCUAAAUUUAUGAACGCAUUCGAUGAAGCAGUAUAUGGUUCAUCAGAUAAUGAAGACGAAGGUAGCGAUGCUGAGAACGAUGAAGGCCAUAAUGAUAAGAGGGGUAAGAGACGCGGUGGUAAACAAUUUAUUGUUGAACGUGGUGAAAAUCCAUUAGAUUUGUUAGAUUCUGAAACUUUGGCACACAUCUCAUCAACUAGACCUAAGAAAUUCGGUAAAGAUCAAAGAAAGAAACGUUUGGAAGACGAAACUUUUGAUUUUGAUUCUGAAGGUAAAUUGAUAAUGAAAGGUCAAAAGGGCGGAAACAAUGAUAAUGAUGACCCAUUAAAAUCUGUCACUAGCGGAAUUAAUGCCUAUCUAGAUGCAGUUAAAAGUGGUCCAGUUAGAGGUCAAAGAAAUAAAUUAAAAUUUAAGAAGAAUAACAGAGGUGGUGAUGAUGAUGGAUUCAGUGAUGAUGAAGGUCGUUCGAAAUCAGCAGGAUCAAAGAGGAAUAUUUCAUCAAGGGGUAAUAAAGUUGGUAAGAACUUCAAGAAUAAUAACAAGUUCAAGUCAAGAAGAAAGUUAUGA